AUGGCCGGGGCUGAGUACACAAUCGUUGUGCUCUCGUCCUCCCCACCCGCCCCCGAUGUGUUCAAUUCCCCGCGUUAUGCAGCGCCCGCAAGACGCGUCGCAAUGCCCCCAUCCUCGCCAUUCGCCCUCUUUCCGCCCUCUAGCCCAAGGGAACAUACUGUCGGCGCGUUGACAUCCGGCUCUCAAGCGGCCCCGGUCCCUGGGGAUGCUACAAGAGGGCUCGCCACCGUGUGCAGCCUCGUUCGUUCGGAGCACUUCGCACAGCAGCUCGACGACGAUUUCACUGAGAUACCCCAAGCACAGUCGAAGAGAGGAGACGCAGAAGUCACGGCGAAAGGCGCUGCACCUGCGAAGAAGCCCAGGAAACGAGCUGCGAAGAAUGAGACAUCUACAGAAGGCGAGAAGCCGCAGCCAAGGGGGCGGAAAGUUAAGGCAGACAAAGAGCUUGAGAACACCAACACCCUCGAACUCAAACUCCGACUUCCUCCCGCCAGGCGAUCGCCAUUCUUCGAUAACGCAGAAGCGCAACCAAUAGCCAAACCCCCUACCGAGCCAGCGGCAGAUGCGCCACCAAAGCUGACGAAAUUGGGCAAACCACGAAAACCGCGAACGAGGAAGGAGAAGAUCGAUGAUGGUGUCAUGGAGCCCAAGCCAAGGAAGGCGAGGGUCACGAAACCUAAGGCGGCCGCUAAAGCUGGCAAAGCAUCGCGGGAAACUGCAGAUGUUGUGUCUACCCACUUGUCCAUUGACAAGGAUCAGGCCAGCACCACAAUCGCGGUGGCGAGCGAUGUAGAUGCACAGGCUGCAUCAAUCUGGGACAUGCCACAAAGUCCCCAAGCGACGCAUCUAGUCACGGGGGGGCUUGACCUCGAUGAGGCAGUCUCGCGACGACGAGACCGGACACCACCGAGGGACACAGCUGCACAGAGCCCUUCAACUGUAUCUACUGACGAAGAGAACCUACCUAUGAUUCGCGAUGCUACCAAUUGUACCUUCACUAAUCUCAUCAACAACUUCACGUACGAGUCGCCGACCGCCAAAGUCGCCAGCAACACCGCAACGGCGAAAGGAGUCGUGGGUGUGACAAAGCGCCACCGAGUCGAGCUGGUCGAACUUCCGGGCAUUCAAACCAAAUCACGAGCAUCGUCUCCGGAAAAGGGCAAAGCGCCAAAGAAGAAGCCUCGGACCAUUACAGACCUGGUGACAGGUCAAUACGCACCGAAAGACGCAACUGUAAAUGCGCAAGCAAUCACGAGUGACUUCUUCUCACCUCGCACGAGUACAGCAAAGGUACCGCUGAACGAUAUUGCGCCUGGCGACGAGACGCCAAAGAAGAAAGCUUCUCGUAAGCGCUCGAAGUCAAGGGAGGGCUCGGAAGGUGCAACGUCAAAGGCGAAACCUCGGGCGAGGAAAGCAUCGUCCAAGCUCGCUGCUAAGCUGAAGCCAGUCGCGGAGAAGCUGCUCAGCCCGACGUCUGCUGUCAUGCGUAUGAAUCGACAAGAGGUGUUGUUUGGCACCUCAAGCCAGCUAGCACUGGAAGAGUCGCCUACGACCGUACGACAGAUUCAACGAGCUCUCACAGAGUCGGAGCUGGAAGUUGCAGAUACACCGUAUCAUCAACUACAAACUCCUCCACGAUGGCCGAGAUUACAGCGGACAGAAGGCAAACGAGGCCUGUGGCGAGAGAGUACCAGAGACAGCGACGGCGGCCUGCUCGAGAAUGCGGAGAAUGUGUACAUACCGGAGCCGGACAGGACACAGAAUUUGCCUUUACUCAUGGACAUCGCUCAGGGUGAGGCAACUCUGCCAUCUGGAUUUGUAGACAUCGAUGACUUUGAGUCUGCCAUUGGGUCUGCUGCCCUUCUUGCAAUCUCGUCAGACCUACCAACCCCUUCAGAGUCCCAGUCACAAAAUUAUUUCGUAGAGCCCGCAUCUACAAGACCGGCACCCGAUGAGGUCUUCGAGGACAUCGAUGAUUUUGAGAAAGGUCUUCCUCCAUCCAACCAGAACGUCGAGUCUCAAGCCAGCUUUGCAGAUAUCGACGACUUCCAAUCCGCUACUCCAACAGCAGAACACCAACCUCUUUCAGAGACAUCCAGACCACAUGCAUCAACGCCAGCGCUAGCGCCAGCUCUGGUCACAGGCUCGCCUAAGAAACGUCGAGGGAGACCACCAAAGGCAAAGAGUGCAAUUCCCAUCGUGCCGGUAUCGGCAUCGCCUCUACCACAUAGAAAAGCCUCACCACAGCAGGCACCACUCGAGGGAUCAGGUCGGUUCAUUGACGUUGAAGAGAUUCUUGACUCGGAAGACGAGGCGCUCGAAAUCUUCUCGCCUACACCACCGCGCAUGCGCAAGCUACAAGAUUCGCCUCCUUUGCUCCUAGCUUUUGACCAAGAGCUUUCAACCCCUGCUAAGGUCAUGUCAGACGGCGAUUGCCAAAUUUCGAUCUCCCACGUUCUCGCUUCUCAGCUCGAGUGGGCGAACAUCAAAUGGCCAUUAUACUCGGCCAUCACUGCACACAUACGCUCCAUACCACCGACAACGGACCCCAAGAAACCCAGCUGGCACGAGAAAAUCCUCAUGUAUAACCCUAUCAUUCUCGAAGACUUCACGAUCUAUCUCAACAGCAACACCAAGCUUCGCACGUACAAGCGAGCAACGCAGAAGCAAAUUAAAGCUUACAACAAAUGGCUGAAGCUGAAGGGUAAUGCCAUCCUUGACGUGGAAAUAGAUGAUCAUGUGCUAGCUAUCGAGAAGGAGCUGGAGGUCUACAUGGUCAGAGACUGGUGCGAGGCAAUGAGCAUUUGCUGCAUUCAUGCGAAGGAGAGUCGGGGCAGAGGAAGUGCGCGAAAGGGAUUCUACUAG